UCUCACUCUGCAUCCAUUAUAUUAUAGUAAAAGAAAACUGAAACAGCUAGUUUGGUAAAAACUUAAGCAAUUAAUAAAUUCAACUAAUCAAUGGCGAGUGAGGAGGGAGUGAUCAAGAUCAUGAGGAACAAGCAGGUGAUUCUGAAGGACUACGUGUCCGGCUUCCCUAAAGAAUCUGACUUGCAAUGCAAGUGGUGAGCACCGGCAGUAUAAAUUUGAAGCUUCCAGAAGGUUGUGAAGGGGUUUUGGUGAAGAACCUCUACUUGUCCUGCGAUCCUGGCAGUGGCACCCGUUAUGUCAUCAACUCCUUCAACCCCGGUUCGCCUAUAAGCGGAUAUGGAGUGAGUAAAGUGUUGGAAUCUGGGGAUCCCAAGUUUAAGGAAGGCGACUUGGUUUGGGGAAUUACCGGGUGGGAAGAAUACAGUCUCAUCACUGCUACUGCAACCCAGUCUUUGUUGAAGAUUCACAGCACCCACGACGUCCCUCUCUCUUACUAUACUGGAAUUCUUGGUACUAAACAUGAGAGUUGCCCUAAUUUAUAUUCAUUGCUUGAUGCUCAAGGCUCAUGUAACGCCCGACUCUAA